AUGGAGGUGUUCUCGACAGCCAACUCAAAGCGAAAGGGAUUCCGUCGGUUCUCCGAGCCUGGAUCACUAGCUUUAUGGAAGAGCGGACCGCUAGCAUUACCUUUGACGAUUUUGAAUCACCAUAGUUCCCCUGGAGAACGCGGGUCUGGCCCAAGGAUCUCCAUUAUCGCCAAUACUCCGGUCGACCACAAAGGCGGCUCAUCAGCGUUCAUUGAUGACUAUUUCCGAUGGGUCAUGAGAUUGUCCGCAGACGAGAACCUCCGAAGACUGCAGGAGGACAACAUUCCACGGAUCGAACAGUGGGCGAAACAAACAGGCUCAUACUUCGCGGCAGAGAAAACAGAACUAAUCCAUCUGACCCGGAAAAAGAACAAGCUGAGUAAAGGACAGCUGAUUAUACAGGGCACCACCAUCAAAGCAAGCACCACCGCCAAACUCCUCGGCGUGGUAUUCGAUAAUGAGCUCCGAUGGAAACCGCAUGUACAACAGGUGUUAAAGAGAGCCACGAGAGUCAACACGGCGCUGGGUGGCCUGCGAUAUCUGCGCCCAGGCCAAAUGCGACAAUUAUACCAAGCCUGCGUCACCCCGAUUGUAGACUACGCGUCCAUGGUCUGGCACAGCCCCACGAAAGAUAAGAUGCAUCUCAGGGCCCUCAACACAGUCCAGAGAUCAGCGCUCAUACGAAUUCUGUCAGCAUUUAAGUCGGUGGCGACCGCCACUAUGGAAGUCGAACUGUUCACACUACCGACCCGCCUUCGUCUCCGCCAGAGAGCGCAGAUAACCAUUGUCAACUUACUCACACUCCCGUGGGACCACCCGAUACAAGGAAAACUACCAGCAUUUAAGGAAAUUGACAUCAACCCAGACCGAGAAAAGGCACGGAAGAACGCCGCAUCCCUCCUCGCAAACCCUCACCAAGUGGUCUACUCCGACGCCUCAGGACAUGACAACCACUUGGGGGCAGCGGCAGUGGUCCUAGACCGCAACCAGAACAUAGUGGCGUCUCGCAAAACGGCUAUAGGCUCAAUGGCACAUUGGUCCAUCCACAUAGCUGAGCUAAUUGGCGUCUACUACGCAAUCAGUCUGGCGCUCAAAAUCUUCCACCAAAACGGACAGUCCACCAGACCCGGAGCGGGUGAAGCAAUAACAAUCCUGAGUAAUAGCAAGUCAGCAAUACAAGCCAUCAAGAACCCACGCAACACAUCUAGACAAAGAGUGAUCGAGGCAAUCAACCAGUCAGCUUACGAACUAGAUAGCCGCGGCAUUCCUCUCCGUCUCCAAUGGAUCCCCGGUCACUGUGACGAUCUGGGGAACGAUGCAGCGGACCGCCUAGCCAAGGCAGCGGAACCCACCUACGGAGAAUUGAUACCAAGCUCCCGGCCAUCCGUUCCCGCCGGCUAUACCAAUCGACACUCUUGGCUUGCAACCCAUGGGAAAGCUCUCCGGCAUCGCGAGGAUAAUAAAUGUGAAUGUGGAGCGAAAGAAACGGUCGUCCACAUUCUAAUCGACUGCCCGAGAUUAACAACAGAACGACAGAGACUACGGAAGGAGGCCGGCGACGCGUUCGGCAACGUAUCGCUCAUGCUUGGAGCAAAGGGACAAGGGAUUACUAGCAGCUCUGCGCCAGGCGGCAUUCUAGAUGCUGUUCUGGACUUUGCGGAAGCAUCUCAAAGAACCCAAGGCAAAGGCCGACCACAGGCCCCUAGGCGAGGCAUAAAGUUCGCCCGUAAGAAAUGUGACGAUGACUAUAGUGGUUGUAACCUGCAUAUCGCUAGAGUAGCGAGGGGUCAGGGUAAAUGA